AUGGAACUUCAAUUGACACGGAGUGACCACAAAGGAUCGGAUCCUUUUGAUGCCGGCAGUGGCAGAUCGAUUGGCCUAUCUGUGGAACAGGCCAUCGAGUCUGGGGACUUCGAAGUCGUUUUCACAAUCUCUGGCACCUUGCCGAGUGGCACUCAACAGGACGGGAUGUUGGCCUUUUGGCUGAGCCUGGAUGAUUGUCUUCGUGACUACAACGAGAAGGCAAUUGUCGAGCAAGCGUUGCGAGACAAGGGUCAAGAUUGGAAAGCUGGGCUGAAAGAGCAAGGCUAUUCCAUGCUGGCCAACAAGCCCAACUUCAGGGGGUUGGCGUUGCUGUUCUUGCCCUUUGAUGCUGCGCGAAAGCUGAGGCAGACCAUUGCUGCUGUUUACAGUGAUGGCUCCAAGCCUUUGCCAGAUCCGUUGGAGAAGAUUUUGGAGGAGAGUCGCACUUCGGUUGUGACCAGCAACUGGCUUCCCACCGGAACCCAAGCUGCCAUGGCUUCUACGCAGGUGCGGAUUUUUCCGGAUGGCAGCGCGGUGGUCAGCAAACGCGACCUCGGUACGGCGCACAUCCCGGGCUCCAUGUGGUCCUGGGCGCCCGAUGGCGGCGAGGUGAAAGGGACCUUUGUGCUGCAGCCAGAUGGCACGUUGAGCUGGAAGGACCACAUCAAUUCCGGAAAGUGGAAUCUGCUGCCGGGUGGCAAGUUAAAUAUCACCCUCUUCGAGGCCAAUUUCAUCCUGCGCCUGGAAGGAUCCAGGGCAGUGCAAGAAUAUCCGGAGUUUCCCACAAUUGCUGUCGCCUACUUGGGUAAGGACGUGCAGGAUGAGGAACCAUGGCAGCAACUUCUGAGUUUGCCCAGCAAGACCCUUCCAGUGCCAGUGCCACCCACCUACGUGGGGAUGACAGGCUACUCUGGGACGAAGAGUGGCAUGGAGGUGAACCUCAACUUCUUCUCCACCGUAAACCGAGACCCACAUGUGGUCGGGGAGGAUGGCUUCAGCAUUGCCAAGUCGAAGGAGUGGAAGGAGGCCUUGGCGCAAGAGGCAAGGUAUGUGGACCGCGCCACGCAGAAGGAGGCAGUGCAGCGUGUGGCCCUACUCCUGGCCGAACAUGUGGCGGAUGAGGAAUUGCUAACCCAGCAGAUCCGUUCCGAGCUGAUGUCUUUGGACGGUCGUCACCCGGAUGGAAUGGAUUCGAGCUGA